AUGUUGUCUCAGGGCUCUACGAAAGUCUUCAAAGACAGACCGGGAGAGCGACUAUCAGCACGGUCCCAUGGGACGCAUUCUGCUAUCCCAACGACGCAGCGAAUGGACAUCCUGAUCUCGUCGAAUGGCGCACUGUUCCUCCUUCCCGACCCCGUCACUUGCUUCCGCGCAGCCAAGUAUAAUCAGCUGCAGGUUUUUCAUCUGCAUAAUGCUGCAUCUAUUGUCCUCUUGGAUUGGGUGACUUCAGGCAGAAAGUCGAUUGGAGAGGAAUGGGUCUUUUCAAUGUACUACAGCUUAAACGAGGUGUGGGUGGACGGUGAAAGACUGGCAAAGGACGUGAUGUUUCUUCAAGAACAAGACGAUGUCCAGUCGUUGCCUCGGAGGACACUAGCUAACACACUGGCGCCGUACUCUUGCUAUGCGACUCUCAUUCUGUAUGGAGCGACUGUCCAAAGUUCACUACGACAUCUAGCCGCAGAGUUCGAGGCGAUAACCGUUUUCAAGCACAGCUCUCCGCCGGAUCUUAUCUGGUCUUUUAGCUUGAUCCGUGAAGGAAAGGGAUGUGUGGUCAGGGUGGCAGCUCGGGAGACUGAGGAUGUGAAGCACUGGUUAGGCGGUACCACAUUCAGGACGGGCCGUCAAACGUUCAGGCGAAGCAUAUAUCCUCCGGGGCACAGCAAGGUCAUAUUGUCCGCAUUUUCAAAGGUAUCCGUUUGGACUUGGCUAGGCACUUGGCGAACUCCACAUGAGUAUAAAGUUCGAGGACUGGCCUGUUCUCAUGCCGGCCGUGUUGCUUCUCGUAUUCGCCCAAUGUCCGUCGAAACUUCGUCGAAGAAAGAUGUGAGUGACUUGGAUCCAGAGGUCCAAAUCUCGGAUCAGUCACCGGUCAACCUAUACCGUCCUGAUGUUGAUACGUCUGGGAUCGACGAACGCAAGCUCUUGAGGAGGAUUGACUGGCAUGUCGUGCCAUGGCUAGCCGUUCUCUACCUUCUCAACUUCCUUGAUAGAGGAAGUAUCGGAAAUGCGAAGCUUUAUAACAUGACCAGAGACCUGCAUAUCUCCGACACGCAGUACCUCAUUGCACUGACCUCGUUCUUUUUUCCCUAUGCGCUGUUCGAGCCUCCGAGCAAUGUCCUUCUAAGGAGGUCACGCCCAUCCCUGUGGCUGUCUUCUCUCAUUCUAAUCUGGUCGAUCAUCAUGACUUUGCAUGGCGUAGUUCAAAACUAUGGCGGGCUCGUUUCUCUGCGCGUACUGCUUGGUUUGGCUGAAGCAGGCCUAUAUCCUGGCAUUGUCUUCUAUCUUUCGUGCUGGUACAAACGCAACGAGAUAGGAACAAGAGUCGCCAUGUUCUUCACUUCAGCGACGGUAGCUGGAGCUUUCAGUGGUCUCCUCGCUGCGGCCAUCUCCAAUAUGGACGGUAUUGGCGGCAAACCUGGUUGGGCGUGGAUCUUCAUCCUCGAGGGGCUGUUCACAUUUGUUUGUGCCAUUGCGUCCUUCUUCAUUUUGCAAGACUUUCCCGAGAACGCGAAGUUCCUCAGUGAAACAGAACGCGUAUGGGUUAUCAGGCGGUUAAGGGACGACAUGCAAUUCAGCGCUGGCGGAGAAAAGUUCAAGUUCAAAUUUGUCAAGCAGAGUUUGACGGAUUGGAAGACAUGGAUCGCUAUGGGCAUUUACAUGGGCUACGACGGGCCACUGUUUGCAUUCUCGCUUUUCACUCCUACGAUUAUCAGCCAGGUAGGCUUCAAGGCAACUGCUGCUAACCUACUCUCGGUGCCAGUAUAUGCAUGGGCUUGUCUUGUCACGAUCUUCGUCGGUUUUAUGGGAGACCGCUACGUGAAGAGGGCAUACGUGAACUUGGCACUAUUCACUAUAGGAUUGGUGGGGUAUAUUAUUUUGAUUUCCUCCUCAACUCCUGCUCUAUCCUACGUUGCGGUAUAUUUGGCUACUACUGCCAUUUAUCCGUCAGUUCCGAACUCAGUUGCCUGGGUAUCAAACAAUGUCGAAGGAUCUUACAAGCGUAGCGUUACAUUGGGUAUGGCCAUCGGAUGGGGCAACCUGAACGGCGCAGUCAGCUCCAACGUCUACCGAUCGGCGAACAAACCGUGGUAUCGCAUGGGCCACGGCAUCAUGCUCGCGUACAUCGUCAUCGGUUGGGUGUGCACUCUUAUGUUCUUCCUGCUCUUGAGACGCGAGAACGCGCGCAGAGAUGCGGGCGAACGGGACGAGCUUAUCGACGGUGUUGACAACAAGCGUGCCAAUGCAGAAAAGAAUGGGCAUUUCAGCAGCGUGGAAGAAGCCAGGAGGGAGAAGGGCGAUGAUUGGAGCGGUUUCCGUUACACCUUAUGA